AUGAUAGAUGGAGACGUUUUGCUUGUGGCGGUAUAUGUUGAUGAUUUGUUGAUCACAGGGUCUAAGACAGAGAUGAUAGACGGGUUCAAGGGCAAUAUGUCAAACAAAUUCGAGAUGAGUGAUCUUGGUCUCUUAACCUAUUAUCUAGGCAUUGAAGUCGUUCAACACAAUGGUGGAAUAUCAAUCAAGCAAGCGAGCUAUGCAAAGAAAGUUCUUGAAGAAACGAGCAUGAUUGACUGCAAUGCAACGCAAUAUCCUAUGGAUGCUGGUCUCAAGCUCUCCAAGGCGGAGCAGGAAGCCAGCGUGGAUGAGAAGGACUACCGCAGGAUCAUAGGGUGCUUGCGUUACUUACUACAUACUCGACCGGACUUAUCCUAUUCCGUUGGAGUAUUAAGCAGGUAUAUGCAUGAACCUAAGGCUUCUCAUUGGGCGGCUUUAAAACAGAUUCUAAGGUGUGUAAAAGGCACAUUUGCAUAUGGUCUUAACUUCUCCCGGUCAAGCAAAGCAGGCUGGACGUUAACAGGGUAUAGUGACAGUAGUCACAAUGUUGACAUUGAUGAUGGAAGAAGUACAACAGGCCACAUGUUCUAUCUAAACGAUUUCCCCAUCACAUGGUGCUCUCAAAAGCAAGAAACGGUUGCUCUCUCUUCGUGUGAAGCCGAGUUUAUGGCAGCUACUGAGGCGGCAAAACAAGAAAUUUGGCUACAUGAAUUACUUGCUGAAGUAACUGAAGAACCGUGUGAGAAGGUGGUGGUUAAGAUAGAUAACAAGUCUGCAAUAGCGCUUGCAAAGAAUCCGGUGUUUCAUGGACGGAGUAAGCAUAUUCAUAAAUGUUAUCAUUUCAUUCGAGAAUGCAUAGACAAUAAUGGUCUAGUGGACGUGGGGCACAUUGCAGGGAGUCUUCAGAAAGCCGACAUUCUUACUAAAGCCUUAGGGAGAUUGAAAUUCAAGGAGAUGCGAGAACUGGUUGGAGUUCAAGAUUUGAAAGAUGGUGACUUCAAGUUUAAAGGGGAGAAUGUUAGAGAUAAACUUGAAGAUAGCUUGAAACUCAAGUCAUACUAA